AUGGAGAUUCUCACGGCGCAAUUUCUCCACUGCGCGACGCUACGGAAUCCAAACACAACCUUUCUUUCCUUAAACUCGAGACCACACAUCACAUCCUUAUCCUCUUCUUGUCUCUGCCGCUCUUUCCCGCUUUUAUCUCUCGAUGGUCUCGCCGGAGAGGCGACGCAACCCACCUCUCUUCUUCUCUCCGGUAGCUUCAACCACCGGUUUCUCAGUUCAUUGCUGCGGCGGCUCGGUAUUCCCGGUUCUUGUCCUCUACGUCUGCUUCAGGAAGAUGGAGAUUGGAGUAAAGACCAUUUCUGGGCAGUCAUUCGAUUUCUCCGACACUCUUCAAGACUUCACGAGAUUCUUCCUGUUUUUGAUGCGUGGAAGAAUCUAGAGCCUUUACGAAUCAGCGAGGCGAAUUACGAGAAGAUUAUUAGGUUUUUAUGUGAGGAAAGAUCGAUUAAUGAAGCGAUUCGAGCUUUCAACGGUAUGAUUGAUGAACAUAAGCUAUGCCCAUCUUUGGAAAUUUACAAUUCAAUCAUACAUGGUUAUGCUAAUGAUGGGAAGUUUGAGGAAGCUAUGUUCUAUUUGAAUCAGAUGAAAAAGAAUGAUCUUGUACCCGUAACCGAGACGUACGAUGGUUUGAUUGAAGCUUACGGUAAAUGGAAAAUGUAUGAUGAGAUUGUUUUGUGCAUCAAGAGAAUGGAAACUGAUGGUUGUGUGCGUGACCAUGUUACUUAUAAUCUGCUUAUACGCGAGUUUUCUCGAGGAGGGUUGCUUAAGAGAAUGGAGAAAAUGUAUCAGAGCUUGAUGUCUAGGAAGAUGACUCUGGAGCCUUGUACAUUGUUGUCAAUGCUCGAAGCUUAUGCGGAGUUUGGGGUAUUAGAAAAGAUGGAAGAAACGUAUAACAGGAUUGUAAGGUUUGGGAUUUCUCUCGAUGAGGAUUUAGUUAGGAAAUUAGCGAAUGUUUAUAUUGAUAACCACAUGUUCUCGAGGCUCGGUGAUUUGGGUUGUGGCAUUCGUAGGACCGAUCUGGCUUGGUGUCUCAGGCUUCUGUGCCAUGCCCGUCUUGUGAGUCGAAAAGGUUUGGAUUAUGUUGUUAGAGAGAUGGAAGAAGCUAGAGUUUCUUGGAAUACAACUUCUGCCAAUAUCGCCCUUUUAGGGUACUCAAAGAUGAGGGAUUUCAAGAGCAUUGAAUGGUUACUCUCUGAGCUAAGAACAAAACACGUGAAGCUUGAUCUUGUAACUGUAGGAAUUGUCUUCGACUUGAGCGAAGUUGGGUUCGAUGGUACUGGAGUUUUUAUGACUUGGAAAAAGAUUGGGUUUCUUGAUAAGCCUGUGGAAAUGAAGACAGACCCUUUGGUUCAUGCUGCAUUUGGGAAAGGGAAGUUUCUUACGAGAUGCGAAGAAGUAAAGAACCAGUCUCUUGGUACGAGGGACGAAGAAUCAAAGUCGUGGACUUACCAGUAUCUAAUGGAGCUUGUGGUUAAGCAUCAGAAAACUGUACCUUAG